AUGGGUUCAUUAUGGCUCGUCGUAUUAUUAUUUAUUGUGUUUGUUACUAAUAUUGAAAGUCAAUUAAUUCAUAAAUUACAAGAUAAAAUUAAAAAAGUAGCAUCACAAAAUUUAGGUGUUGAUGUUGCACGAUUUGAUCAUGAAGAAAUGAUGUUAUUUCCAAAUGUUGGUUUUCAACGUAAAGAAGGUGAUUGGCGUUUAAAUUUACAUGGUUGGCGUUUUCAAUCAUCGAAACGUAAUAAAGUUCUUGGUGAAUCAUCAUCAUCAGCUGCUCAACGUAUAGCUCGUUUACUUGCUACUUCCGAACAAAUGGUUUAUUAUAAUGAUACAUUUCAGCGUGAUCGUUUAAAACCAUUUAUGGUACAAGAUGAAAAAUAUGAAAAAAUUCAUAUUAUGAUUGGAACAAAACAUAAUUACACAACGAAAACAGAUGGUGAAGGACAAUUUCGUACAUCAUUUAUUAUUCCCCAUGCAAAUGUACAAAAUUUGAAACAAAAUGUAAACAAUAACCAAGUUGUAAUAUAUAAAGCUAUUGGAGACAAUGCUGAUCUUUGGCAAGGAAAAAUUUUUUUACUAGAAAGAUAUGGAUUAUCUGUUAUAUCUGAUAUUGAUGAUACAAUUAAAAUUAGUGAAGUUUUAGAUAAAAUUCGAUUGGCAGCAAAUACAUUCAUUCAUAAAUAUCGUGUAGUAGAAGGUAUGCCAGAAGUAUAUCGCGGAUGGAAGAGUAGACACAAUUGUUCAUUUCAUUAUUUGAGUGCUAUGCCUGAUCAAUUAUAUACAAUUACCAAAGAUUUUGUUGAUGAACAUCAAUUUCCUGAUGGUACUUUUCAUAUGCGUCACUUUCGUUGGUCUUCAAUGUCAAUUUAUAAUUUCGUUCAUUCUAAGGAUACAAAACUGCACAAAAUGAAUCAUUUACGUUAUUUUGUGUUUAAUACAUUUCGUUCAUUGGUAUUAGUAGGAGAUUCAGGUGAAAUUGAUCCAGAAAUUUAUGGAAUUAUUGCACGAAAAUAUCCCAAACGAGUAAUUCGUAUUUUCAUUCGAGCUGUUAAAGGUGAAAAAGGCAAUGAAGAACGAUUUCUCAAGGCAUUCAAAGAUGUACCAAGAGAAAAAUGGAUGGUUUUUACUGAUCCAAUCAGAGAUUUACCCCAAGAUCUACUUAGUGAUAAAAAUAAAAUCGGAUCAUUGAAAUUGAAUUUUCGAAAAAUAUUUAGUAAGUCAAAAUCUCCGAUUGAAUAUACAUCAUAUAAAUAUGAAAAUAUUCAAUCGGAAUGGAUUAUUUAUCAAAGCCAUUUAAAAUAUUUAUAUAAGACAAAAAUUCUUGGUGAUUCAGAAUUUGAAACUUAUCUUGUUGUAUUAACUCGAAUACCACUUGAAAAUUUCGAGUAUAAAACUGGAUUAUAUUUAUAUUUGAAUAAAAAUAAAUCUCCAUCAUAUUUUUUUGAAAUAAAUCAAACGACUGAAAUUUAUGAUCGAUGUAAACGAAUUAUAGAACCAGCACCGAAAUGCUUUUUAUUUGAAUUGAAAUUUAUUAAUCAAGAAGAUAAAACAGAAAUAUUCGGUGCAAAAGAUAAUUUUGAACGACAAACAUUAUGCUUUAUAGAUUUUUGUUAUCAAGAUUGCACAACAACAAAUGUUCGUCAUAGUCACCAACAAUAUAUGAACCUUUUAAUAACUGAGUCCGAUUGUGAAUUGUCAUCUUCGUCAAAAGCUGAAUCAAUUGAACAUGCUCAAUCUUCUGUCAAUGAAAACAAUAAACAGUAUUUACCUUGUAUUCAAUUACAAUCAAAUGAUAAUUCAAAUUCUUUUCAAGGAAAGAGACUUAUAUGGAAUGAUAUUUUUUAUUUAAAUGAAAAUAUUGAUUAUCGAAGAAUUCUUACUAGAACUAAUGAAUAUGGUACUUUUCUUAUUCGACCUCAAUCAAAAAAGUCAAGUUCUACUGGUCAUGAUUAUACAUUAUGUUUGUAUUAUAAAUUAAAUGACAUUCGAUGUUUUCCAAUAUAUCAAUUACCAACAGAGAAAACUGAAUACAGUUUAGCACAAAAAGGUUCAAAAAAUUUUGUCGAUAUGAUACAUCUUUGUGAAUAUUAUAGAAUAAAUUCAUUACCUAUAUCUACAAAUGACGCUUAUCUAAAAAAUCCUUAUAAAUAUUUUACGAAUGAAUAUCAUUAUAUUUCAUAA